AUGUGUGUGUGUGUGUGUAAUACAAUGUCAGAACACACCUCCCCAACCCAAACAACUCCUCACCAAACAGAACUAGCUUUUCUCUCUCAAAUGGGUGUUUCAAAUUUUCUUUCCUCUCUUAGUUGUGAACUGAGAAUCAUACAGGCCAAAAACCUAGACUUUUUCAACUCCACAGGAAGCCUUUUUGUGAGAUAUUAUCUCUCUGCUGGGAAAAACAAGAGAGUUGCGCUGAAUACUCGAGAAAUCUCCUCAAAAUCUGACCUCUUUUGGAACGAGACAUUCUGCUUGGAGUGCCUAGGUACUCAAGACUAUCUGAACGACCUAAAGCAACAGAGUGUUAUUUUCGAGCUCCGGUGGAGAAGCACGGUGCCGGUGCUCUGGAAAAUGAGGAAGUCAAGGCUUCUGGGUAGAGGGGAAGUACCAUGGAAGGCUGUUUUUGAAUCGGAAAACAUGGAGGUUGAGAAAUGGGUUCCGAUGGCCUCGGCAAUUGAUCGUACCUUUGAAGGAGUUAAGCCUCUUUCGCUGGAAGUAGCAAUGAAAGUACGAGCUCCGGCAAUGGAAAAAGUGGAGCAGAAGAAGAAGAAAUUGAGGAAUUGGGAAGGGUGUGGGUGCAAGGAUAGUAGCAAGGACCAAUGCAGUUUUGCAGAUUAUGAUAUGUUUGCACUAGCUGCUGUCUUUGAGGGGCUCUAGUUUAGUUUAGACACAACUUAAAAAUGAUUUAAUCGGCAAAUUAACAACAGAAAUGAAUGACGACCGUCGGUGGAAGCAUUCUUUUUUAGAAGUUAAUUUGAAAAUGUAAAUGAGAAUGAGCAAUUUCGAGAUUCCAUUGAGUUCU